GGGGUUAUUAGAGGUGGAGCGCUGGCGGGGCGCGCGGCGGGAGGCGACCGCCGUUACGGCGCGAGCGUGGUCACGUGGCCGUUGGUCACCGCCGCCGCCCCCUCCCGCCCUGUUCUCUCUCAGGUCGGGCCGGGCCCGGCCGGUUCCGCGAGCGCACAGCAGACUGAGGGAGAAGAGGGGAGGAGGAGGAGGAGAAUUCAGGGAAUAGGAGCUGGGGAGCCCUUCUGCGCCACAGAAAAUUUCUGAUGAGUUGAUGAAGACAGGAAAGACUGUCAUAAAGACUGUAGCAGUAUUGUACUGUGGACGGGAUAGCGCCCUGGCUGCAUCACUGUCACGUUAGAAGAGCGUCAGGACCAGAAGCUGAAGCAGCGGCGCAAGAAUGGACAGUUAGUCGAAACCAAGAGAAUCCACUCAAGCUACGUCUGAACAAACGGGGAGCGGGGACAGUGCCAGAGGAGGAAACUGAGCCACCCUACUGCCACGAUCGUCUCACUAAAGGCCUUCUAGGAACAGCGGGACUCGGAGGAUCUCAGAUGAGAGACAAUUCAGAUGUCCCAGUUUUUUGACUCGUCUUCAAUUCCCAUUUGUCAACCACGUCUGGUCUUUGGAGUACUGUGUUGGCCUGAGCUGAAGUCAUCCUUGACCCAUAAUAAGAACAUGAAUCUUCAGGUGUCAACUAUAUUUGUGGACCAGUGAAUUUGUUUUGAAAGGUGGUUACUUUUGGUGACAUUGUCCAGUUCUCACAAUGUAUCAUUCGUUAUCUGAAACUAGACAUCCUCUACAAGCAGAAGAACAGGAAGUAGGCAUUGAUCCCUUGUCAAGUUACUCCCACAAGUCUGGAGGAGAUUCAAAUAGAAAUGGAAGAAGAACAAGUUCUACUUUAGACUCUGAAGGGACUUUUAAUUCUUAUAGGAAAGAAUGGGAAGAACUAUUUGUAAACAACAAUUACUUGGCAACAAUAAGGCAGAAGGGGAUUCAUGGGCAGCUGAGAAGCAGCAGGUUCCGCAGCAUUUGCUGGAAGCUAUUUCUUUGUGUUCUUCCUCAAGAUAAAAGUCAGUGGAUAAGUAGAAUUAAAGAAUUAAGAGCAUGGUAUAGCAACAUUAAAGAAAUACAUAUCACAAACCCAAGGAAGGUUGUUGGCCAUCAAGAUUUGAUGAUCAAUAAUCCCCUUUCACAGGACGAAGGGAGUCUUUGGAACAAAUUCUUCCAAGAUAAAGAACUUCGAUCAAUGAUUGAACAAGAUGUCAAAAGAACGUUUCCUGAAAUGCAGUUUUUCCAACAAGAAAAUGUGAGAAAGAUUCUUACAGAUGUUCUUUUCUGUUAUGCCAGAGAAAACGAGCAGUUGCUUUAUAAACAGGGCAUGCAUGAGCUGUUAGCGCCUAUAGUUUUCAUCCUUCACUGUGACCACCAAGCUUUUCUACAUGCCAGUGAGUCAGCACAGCCCAGUGAGGAAAUGAAAACUCUCUUGAACCCUGAGUAUCUGGAACAUGAUGCCUAUGCAAUGUUCUCACAACUCAUGGAAACUGCUGAACCUUGGUUUUCUACUUUUGAGCAUGAUGGUCAAAAGGGAAAAGAAACGCUGAUGACCCCUAUACCCUUUGCUAGACCACAGGACUUAGGGCCAACAAUUGCUAUUGUUACAAAAGUCAACCAGAUCCAGGAUCAUCUCCUGAAGAAGCAUGAUAUUGAGCUUUACAUGCACUUGAACAGACUAGAAAUCGCACCACAGAUAUACGGCUUACGGUGGGUACGGCUGUUGUUUGGGCGAGAGUUCCCCCUGCAGGAUCUUCUGGUGGUCUGGGAUGCCUUGUUUGCAGAUGGUCUCAGCCUGAGUUUAGUCGAUUACAUCUUCAUAGCCAUGUUACUCUACAUCCGAGAUGCUUUGAUCUCCAGCAACUACCAGACCUGCCUCGGCCUUCUGAUGCAUUACCCACUCAUCGGGGAUGUGCACUCGCUAAUCCUUAAGGCUCUGUUCCUUAGAGACCCGAAGAGAAACCCAAGACCAGUGACUUACCAGUUCCAUCCAAAUUUGGAUUAUUACAAAGCACGAGGAGCAGACCUUAUGAAUAAAAGCCGGACCAAUGCCAAAGGUGCACCCCUGAAUAUAAACAAGGUCUCUAAUAGCCUGAUUAAUUUCGGAAGAAAGCUGAUUUCCCCAGCAAUGGCCCCAGGCAGCGUGGGUGGCCCUGUAACUGGGGGCGGCAGCGGCAGUUCCUCUUCGGUCCUGCCCGCGAGAACCUCAGUGGAAGCCCCGAAGCAUCACUUGCAGCAGCAGCAGCAGCAGCAGCAGCAGCAGCAGCAGCAGCAGCAGCGACUGCUGAAGUCGGAGAGCAUGCCGGUGCAACUGAACAAAGGCGAUGUAGUAACAGGAAGCGAUGCUCAGGUUUCUGUUCCUGUCCAGAAUCUAACUGACCUCCAAGGACAAAGUUCAAAAAACAUCAGUUCGUCUCCAAGCAUUGAGAGUUUGCCUGGAGGAAGAGAGUUCACCGGCUCCCCACCUGCCUCUGCUACUAAAAAGGAUUCCUUCUUUAGCAACAUCUCCCGCUCCCGCUCCCACAGCAGAACUGUGGGCAGAAAAGAAUCUGAAGAAGAAUUAGAAGCGCAGAUUUCCUUCCUUCAAGGACAGUUGAAUGACCUGGAGGCCAUGUGCAAAUACUGUGCCAAGGUGAUGGACACGCAUCUUGUAAAUAUUCAAGAUGUGAUAUUGCAAGAAAAUUUGGAAAAAGAAGAUCAGAUUCUGGUUUCCUUGGCGGGACUGAAGCAGAUCAAAGACAUCCUGAAAGGCUCCCUGCGUUUCAACCAGAGCCAGCUGGAGGCGGAGGAGAACGAGCAGAUCACCAUCGCCGACGACCACUACUGCUCCAGCGGCCAGGACCACAGCGGCCCGGGGCCUGGGGCCUCUAAGCAGGCCUCUUCCGAGAUGCCCGGGCGUGCAGAUGGAGGCAGUUCCGACGACUUCAUCCUGGUUUCUAAAGAAGACGAGGCGGGCAGCGCCAAGGGGCCCUCCUCGGGCCAGGCCCAGCCUCUUCGCACCCUCAGAAGCACAGUGGGAAGAAGCCAGGCCCCAGCCUGCUCCCCUCUGGUCCUCUCAGACCCGCUGAUGGGCACAGCCUCUGCUUCCUCCAGCAACCCCAGCUCCAGCCCCGACGAUGACAGCAGCAAGGACUCCGGCUUCACCAUUGUGAGCCCCCUGGACAUCUGAGCGCAGUGCCCAGUCCUGCCUCACAGGCCCCCGGCCGCCCCCUCACCAGCCCCGGCUCCCCCUGGGGAGACCCCUCUGAAACCAACGCUUCUUUCCUAUCAUGCAACUGCCGUUGGCCCAGCCCUCUGGAACCCUUUAGAGAGAAGCAACAUGGCCACGAAGCACGCAGACUUCAGGUCACCAAGAUGCAGACAGGACUUUCCGGCCUGUCACCUAACCCCCACCUCACCUUUGCUCUGAGUCAGAGCCGAGCCACACCCAGGAUCACGCUCACUGUCAGGAAAACACAGUUAGAAUCUCUUGUCCUCUCUCCCCCCUCCCCAACCAGGCAGUCGCCACCUCCACCUGUUACGUUUCCGGGGAAGACGAGUUGGUUUCAGAUCUUCCCUCGGGCACAGGAAUGUUGGUUGGUAUCAGGAAAUCUUUCCCUGUGGGAAUCUGUGUCUCAGCCCACUUCAUCCCUGCCUUGGGAAAUGGCACAGCAGAGCCAAGUCCGAUAGAAUAAACUAGAACGAGCCGAGGCGUGCGCUGGGAAGCCCCAUUGCUGCCCUCUGAAACUUAAAAUGACUUUAGAAGCAGGGUCUACACUGAGGAAUCAUCUUGAGGUGUGCUGUGGUGGUAGAGUUUUGGUUUGUUGGAGAAGAAGUUUCCAGUCCUUGGGCCAAGUAUAUUUUGGUCAUCGUGGUUCCUCCUUAAAACAAUUGUAUGCACCUUUUGAAAUCUCUCACAGCCGGAAAGCAAGGCGUCUUUAAGCAAGGCUUUGCAGCACUGAUCUCAAAGCUGUAGUGACCUUACCGUCCUGGAAGGAAAACGUGACCCCGACUUUGCCAGAGAAGCUGCUCUCAGUCUGUUUGCUGGUCACGUUUCUCUAGUUUGGGGACUGCAUUUACCUGUCGAGUAAGAAGCAAGGGAAAAACCCAAGUUCAUUCCCACCCCGUCGGAGUCCCCCCAUUGUCUUUAAGGUAGCAGUGACAGGGAAUCAACCCGGCAUCCCUUCUGUGCGGAGCAGGGCUUCCUAGAGAAUGUUCUAGAUGUUCGGGGGAGGCAGGAUCCCCACACAGCCCCUUCCCUUGCUGGGAGCCAAGCGUAGGAGUCCCGGGGCCUGUGCCCAGCUGUGGGCUCUGCAUCCCGGGCACCGUGGCCAUGAGCAGGUCUGACAGGCUGGCGCCUUCAGCACUGCACAGAUUAAAGAGGCCCUGCUGCACGCUGGCUUAGUGAUGCACACAGAGUCCCAUGGGCUGAUUCCCGCUGAGCAGGCCGCUCCCGCCCUGCUGCCAGAGCAGGUGUUCCUGCGGGGACAGGUGGUGACUGCAGGGGGCGCUGUCGUGCCCCGUACCAGGGCAUCUGGCUCUUUGGGCCUUGGCGGGGAAGAUGCAAGGCCUCGGCGCGGUGGAUACCAAGUGAGGAUGCAAGGCCUCGGCGCAGUGGAAGGAAAAGCAUCCCUCCCACUGCUGCCCGCCGAUGUCUCUCCUGGCAGAUGCAAUGGUGACGGGACGCCGGAGGUCCUGCAUGGGUCUCCGCUCGGCGCCGCCGCCUGUUCUUGGGACCUAGCAUAUCACUGCUUUGCUAGGUGCCGGGGCUGCGUGGCCUUCCCGGGCUGGGCGGUCGCUCAGCAGGGCGCGAGGAAGUUGCUGCCAGUGUUGUUUAUCCACUGCAGCACACUUGGUAAGUGCCAGGGUCGCAUAUGGUGAGCAGCCUCACCCCUACGCAGGGUCGGCCAAGGGCUACUUUUCUCACACAGGACUGUGGGGAGCAACUCAGACUAGACUGUUACUGGAAUUAAGACUUAUUCUAUGCAUCUGCUCUCCCACAAUAUGGCGCUGAGAAGGGAGUAACAACUUCUACGCAGCUGCCUCUCGCCAACUUGAGUGAUGACCUGCAGGAGCUGAUCCUGCUCCUGAUUGGAGGAGAGCAGCGUACUCGGCGUGUGGGUAGCAGAGUUGGGAUUGGUGGAAGAGGACUAUAAAGGAGGAGAGAGACAACAUGCACCAGGAACACCUGAGGAACAUCUGAGCAGCCCCCGAGAGAGCUGGCCGGUGGUGUGCCGCUCCCCCGCGGAAGUGGGGAAAGUGGCAGGGGGCACCGCCCUUCCACGGAGGUGGAAGGGACGGUAGCCAACCCGGGAAGGACCAGCAGCAAACCCGGGGAGGGCCGAGCAGACAAAAGAACAGCGCAGGGUCCUGUGUCGUUCCUCCGCGAAGAGGGGGAGCGACACAGGACUUGGCUUUGGAGGCGCUGGUGUUUUCCCUGCUAGGUGAGGAGGGCAGGGCUGCAGCACUGGCACCCCCCAGGCCAAGCAGGCCCUGUCGCCGGUGGGUGUUCAGGAGUCACAGAAUCGCCCAGGCCUGCCCCCAGUCCCCAGCCAAGGGGCGGGCCCUCCUCUUGCACUUCUGGGCCGACGCCACCCGAUAGGUGCGGGUUCUCAGAGGUGGAGGUGUGGCUGCUGCGGGGCCCACUGGCCCACCCCUCCCCAGGGAAAGAAGCAGGACAGGGCAGCGGGCACAGGCAGUGCCACACCCAAAUGCCCAUCGGGCCACGGGGCUGGAGAAUCGUGUUACUGUCUCUCUCCUAAGUGACUUUCUUUUAUUCAGAGUUGAACAUUAUUUGCAUUUUGUAUUCGUUACAGUCUAUUAAAGAAUGUAUGUUCCUUUUUAUUAUUUUUUUCAGGUACUUGGGUUUUUUUUAAUUGCACAUUUUUUAAAUCCUGGAUAUACAAAACCUUUUUGUUUUUCUCUAACAAAUGUGGUAAUCAGUGGAUUCCUUUUUGUGUUUUGAUUUUUUUUGAUUAUUAGCAGUUGAACAUUUUAUACAUGUACCAUUUAGAUGAACUCCCGUUGUCAUCUCCUUUUUUUUUAUACAUGCCCCUGUGUGCUUCCUACAUUCCUGUGUGAUCCGAUUGGAAAUUCGUGUUAAGAUUUCCCUGUGCAGUACAUGCGAGAGCUACAGGCUAGAGACAGUCAGUUACUGCUUUGCCUACAUUACGUGUCUGCCAAGGGGCUAGAUAAUGCUUUACAUGUAACUAUACUGGAUUAUUCUUCCAAAGAUGACCCCUGCUAACCGUUGCCUGCAAAGCAAGAACGUUACUGCCAAACGCGUGAACGUGUCCCUGCAAAUGAGCCCCAGCCUCGCGGGACCCGCCUUGCACACGAAGACGCUGGGACAGUGACGCUGUCUCCAGAGCCGACCUACCCUAGGUGACCCGCGUUUAUUAUUGUUCUUUUCCUGUUACUGUUGUUGUAAGGACCUGCCCCCAGCGCUCCCUUCUGGAACAGGAGUGUGUAUGGAGGACUUGGGGCCCUCCUCGCCUGCAGACAGCACCCGCGGAGCAGGGCCCGGGAGCCCCGGAGCAGGGCUGAGGCUGCGGGAUACAGGUGGCAACAGCAAGGCCGCCUCCCGCGUGCAGGCCAGGCUUCGGUUUGCUCCCUCUUUACGACGUUGAGGAGAAGCAUCAAGUUCAUGUAAACAGGCUGGAGACCAUGUUGAUGUUAAAUUGUCGUCAUAAUUUUUCUCGCAGUGGCACAAUUGACUUGAUUCAUGGAGAACUCGGUUGCGUCAUUUCUAUCCUGUCGCUUUUUCUCACCCGCCUUUAUGCUAGAACUCAUGUUGAUUUAAGCAAUGAUUUAUCCUUUUGGCAAAGUGAGCCCUCUCCGUAUGACAUAAUAAAAGACUAAUGUGACUCUGAGAAA